UUCAAUAUUUAUUUUCCGUUUUAGAGGUAUUCAACCCAUUGUCUCAGCAGUAGUGAAUUCCAGAGCCUUCCUGAUAAACACCUAAAACAAUACCAGAAGAGACAAGCCACAAUAAAACAUCCAGAAUGAAACCUAGUAAUAUCAUCUUUUGUACUAAUGGUGUUACUCAUUAUCUGUGCAAUGCAAAGUAUUUCCUUCUGAAGUGGAGACUUUUUCUAUCACAAGGUAGAAACGCCGAUAACGUAGAGAACUCGGCGAGCAAGUAACUACUGCCACGCGUGGAAGAUUGGGAAAAUUGAGUCGCCGCGUCGCUCGAACCGCUCCGACGAUACAGAUAACAGAACGCGAAGAUCCAUUCUACCUCCCACUAAAUCAUACACACAGGUACGGUAAAAUUCAUAUAAAUUCUCGGAUCAUACACCGGUAUCGCAGAAAUUACAUGAAACUUGUAGAUUUUCCACGUGCCUAGUUUUUCGCUGUUUGCCUAUUUUUACUGUUUACAAGAGGUAGAACAAAACAGAUCCUCUGGUUUGAUCCAAAAACUUCGCAAACAAAUACUAUUAAAUUUCCCCUAGAACUUUUACUCAGUGUUUGUUCUUAUUCCUUUCUCGAUUCAAGGAACGAUACUUGUUUCGAUAAGGGCGAUCAUCGUGGAAAGUGCACCGGACGAGGUAAAUUGGAAAGGAGGAAGGGCAAGAAUGAUCCAUUCUUUAUCGCGUUCGACAUCAGCGGAUAGAAGGGAUGCAAUACCAUGAUACAGAUUUAAUUCCGAGACUGAGAAUCUACGUUCGAGUAAAACGGAUGUCCAGAUGGCGACCGAGCGUGGGUACAUUUACGUACGGGUUCAAAGGGUUGGGAUUCGAUGAUUAGUCCUUUGUCGUCGUCGGUUCCUUUAUCGAGCUUGCUCUACCCUCGUAACGAAUAAAAUCAUUACACCGAAAAGAGGAUAGUGGUUCUUCCACUGCACAUCCAAAGGGACAGAGUGCAAAGAAGCAAUUAACGCACGCCUCUUCCGUAGAUAUCCAUUUUCCACCAUCUGAAAUUUUGUUAUGGUAAAGGGACGGCUACCUUCUGCAAUUUUUAAGCGCCGCAACGCAUUCGACUCUGUUAAUUUUUUGUAGCACUCCGUUGUCACAUUAAUUUGUUAGACGUGGGUUCUUCCACGAUCGAGGCAAAACCCUUCCCGCGUUUUUACACAUACAGACGCAAUCGCGGCGGACAACACACGUGUGCGCAGCCCCCGAGUAAGCCAUUCCCUCGUCGAAAAGAUAGCUUUCAGAAAGCGCGAGUGGCAUUCCUGCCUUUCAGGAGCUUUUAAGAUGACCAUGAUCCGUGACACCAGAGUCGGAGAGCAUCUGCUUCCUCAUCCGCCUCUUUCGCCCGGAGGUCUCUCACCCUAUUUCGAUCUUUUUCGCCCCGCUUCGUCUCGCCACCGACCCACCCUCGUUCCUCCGUCGUUUUCAUCCCUUCCGCGCCAACCUCCUUCUGGCCCUCUUAAACCACUAUAAACCGUCUUCGACACCGAACAGAAAGCAAGCACUCGUCCACGGACGACCGAGUACGCGCAAGUACCUAAACGCGACUAUCAAAGGCUCUAGUCGAAUCGGGCCGCGCUGUAGUCGCCGUCGGGUCGAGUAAACCUACCCUCGUCGACCCUUUAUUUUCCUUCCUCGGAACGUCCCAGGACCAAUUUCCGCUAGUAAUAUUGCACACACAAGCUUCGAGCGUACAUCGACGGCGAUUCUUCACUCGACGACGUAUUUUACAUGAUGCAUCGAAUUUAUUUAUUUAUGUAUCUUAAAGUGGGUUGCAAACCAAACGUUCAAUUCAAUGAUUGUCCAGCGAAUCGCUGAAAAUGUUUGAGUUAACUCGCUGUAACCUAAAUUAUGUUUGGCUUGAGUUCUGUUAUGUAUUCAAAUUUCCGUUUAGUUUAGUUACUCACUCUUCCUGGAGGAGGAGGUUGUCUUACCAACCGCGUACCCAUUGCCUUUCUCCACUGUAGAACUAUACGUAUUCUUUAACCUCUAUUGCCAGUGUAUCUAUCGAGUUUCUCUUACACUAUGACAAUAGAGAAACUCUGAAUGUUAUUAUCGUGGGCGCGCGGGAUUGGUCUCGCGAGAAAUAUUUUUCUGAAUAUUUGUUCGCGGCGAAAACACUCGAAUGGGAAAAAUAUUCUACUCGGAACGGUAACACACGGCGAACCUGCGCAAACCUAUAGCUGUAGCUUUCGUGUACAAAGCAGCUAUCGCGAUUGUUUUCUGAGAUAGACGUCUGCGCAGACGUAUGCUCAGCUGUUUGCCGUUAUUCUUGCAAUCGUUACCAUACCGCCCAGGAAUACGGGGCACAUGAAUAAAUCGAACUCGUUUCUCGAAUCUUUUCCAUCGUACAGCGUAAUCGGAACCGAGCAAUCGAGAAAGAAAUAUUUAAUUUGACGUCGUAAUCGCUAUAAUUUGCACGCUCUGUUCUCUCUUUUAAAGACCGAUCGCGAGCCCGAUAACGAUCCAGUCCACAAAUCGUGGUAGUUUAUCUUGGUAUUUGACGGGUGUUAAUUUGUCGCUAGAUUUGUCUACAGUAGUGGUCGGGUAAAAAUAGUUACUAUCUUCCCAACGUUUUAAAAAUAUUGUUUUCCCAGCAGACGUGAAUUCGGUGUGUUUCGGGAGUCUUUUAAAUUUCAUUAGCGUUCCUCUUUUCUAUAUCUUUUAUUUUAUGAAACGAUCGGUUUAGCUUUCGAGAGACUCGUUCAUGAUUCAAGCCAGUUGCAACCAGCUAUGUGGGAACGAACCGCAAGAACAUGUGUUAAAUUUUUUCGAGGCCAGUAACCUGUUUCACUCUAUGGGACGACCAUAAGAAUAAUACAAAUAACUUUUGUUAAACGAACCUCAAACUCGACGAUCGAGAGUAAAAAUCUCUAUCGGAAUCGCAGGGGUUGCAUUAAAUUUCAUGGGACUGCGGGCUCGACUCGAAUUAUCGAACAGGGUAGAACGCAUGUGCGUUCCGUUACGCAUCCGUUUCGGUGGUGUUUACCAGCGCCGAGUAUUAUUCGAACAGCGCGUCCUUUCGCGUAGGACAAACAUCCCUUUCUGGUCCAGUAUCGGGGGGUGCACGGCGUACAACGUCGAGCCUCUUCCACCCCUUUCACCCCACUCACAGCUUUUCCUCCGACACCGCCACCUCCUAGGGAGGCUUUGCAGGCUGCGCGUCCGUCGCCGCGCCGUUUGCUCGUCUUCUCCGUCAGUGUGCCGUCCGCCGUCGGUCGAGGACCACGUGUUUAUGCGUCGCGUCGACCCGGGCCGUCAGGCUGCUCGUCGCGCGAUUUGUGCACCCCCGAGUGAUCGCCAAGUGAUUUAAAAAAAAAAAAAAAAAGAAAGAACGAACAACCGGCUAACAUCACUUGUAGUCGUCACACCGUCGCGCGUGUCUUCUGUUUUGUUCCACGUUAGAGUUGACUUUUCGCCCACGUGACAAAUACUCGCAGGACACUCCCACAGGAAAAUAGCGAAUCCUACACCGACUAAUUAAAUUUGAUAAAGAUAAAAAAAAAAAACUUUUGCAUCGGUGGAAUUUACGUACAUGUGAGAGUUUACGAGGGUAGCACGAGGGGUGACAGAGAGAUUGGAGAGGGAUCCUUGCAGAAAAGCGCGCGAAGCCAAGCGUCGAGUCCUGGCGAGCAGUCCUCCACUUCCGCGUGCGAGAUCGACGCGUGGAUGAUCCAGUGACGGUGUCGCGUUUCUCGAAUCUUCCCUCGAAUCGAUUUCACAGCGUCCGCGGCCAUUGGCGAGCCAAACGCGAUUACAGGCAUAUCCCUGUUCUCCUCGUUUCGUUUGGACCCAUUCCAGGGGAAUCGAAAAUCUGUGGCGAGCUGACGCGAUCGAAGAUCUCCGCAGUGCUUUUUCGGCGGGGCCUCGUCGGCCGGAUGGUUGACGCACCACCGCGUCGCGGCGCGUAGAUUAAUCGCGGUUAUUUCGACGGUUUCUGGAAACUUUUCUGUCGGAACUCCAGAGGGAACUUAACGCUAGAAGUUGUUGCUGAUCAGUGUUGCUCCGUUCGCCAGCCUCCCUCGUGGGAAGUUGGGGAGGAACUAGGGGUAGGACUUGAAUACUUUUGGACAUUUGAGUGAGCAGGAUUGAAACUUCAAGUAUUAAAAUCGAGAGACGUUGACGAGACUCGAGAACUCGAAGACUUUUGCACCCUCGAUAGCAUAGGAAGUCCAAUGGAACAGCCUACCUGAAAUCCAGUCAGGAAGGAUUUCUGGACUACUCGAAAUACCCAAGGAACCAGCUUGAACUCUGAUAAAAACCGAGGACUCGAAUACUCCCGACUUGAAUCUUCGGGCAAUCUUCUUUCAUACUCUGACGGAUUCGCGAGCCUAGUCGAACCACAGACCACCCGAAAGCUGUAACUACCCUCGAGAUCCAAAGACUCUGAGGUAGGUCGAGGCUUGGACCAGAGCACUCCACCUUCGAUCGCUCAGGAUUCAAGUUUAACGGAUCUCCUAGGCUUUCUUCUCCUCUGCUCCCAAAACUCGGCAGCCCCGGUCCAAGAACUGCCCGAAAACCACGACGUAGAGGGAUUCCUGGAGUAACUGUUCGCAACGGCGAAGAGGACGUUGACCAGGUCAUAGCCUGGUCGCAGGGAUCGAGUUAUUUUCUGAACGACGGUGGCCGUUGGUGCGGUGAACUCUGCGGCCUCGGUGGACAUACCAUGGUCACCGGUGAUUGCGGGUAUCAUGCUCGUCGUUGCAGGUUAUUGGCGGCAGCGGCGCGCGGUUAGAUCGAAAGUGCGGCAGAUUUUCUAGCGGCGCUGAGGCUACUACGCGUGUCCGACGCUUUAAUAACGGGCGUAGAGUGGAUGAAAGGCAGGAGGAAAAAAGAAGAAGCGAGACGCGCGGGGGUUGCGGCGCGUGGUGGUGGAUGCGGUACCGCGGCAGCUUUAAUUAGUGUUUAAGUAGAGAGGAAAAACACGAGUGGCUCGCAGGGGGGACAGAGGAGACGAGCGAUCUUCUGGAGCACGGACGGGUACGUUUUAACGCGCGAAAUCGGUUGCAUGCAUCGAACGCCGUUCGAGUGGCCGCGGAAGGAAAAAAUCACCAAUUCAUCGACGACGAGUGGCGGCUUUUAGCGAAACGAAGAGGGAUUCUCGAUGAUGCCGAUGCCGAACUCCACGGGAUCGGCGAUGAUCGUUCGUGACGCGGGAAGAUCGCGAGUGAACCACGAUCCCGCGAUAAUGACUUAAUUCUCGCUCAGCUAGUCGACUGAGGAGAUCAGUCCGAUAAGUGAUCAGUGUUUCGUGAUCAAAGUAGCGUGGAAUAACGAGAGAACAUGUGGAGUGUACUGUGGUCGUUCGUUGGACUAACGAAGGCUGUUUCGUACGUCGCUGGGAUCUCUGCCACCGUCGACGAAAAAUCUGUUCCGUUGGUGAAUAUCAGCGUCGUGGAGGGAAAGCCAGCGGAAUUGCCAUGCGACAUCACUCCGCCGGGAGAGGACACCCUGCACAUGGUUUUCUGGUUCAAAGACGAGGCUGGAGUGCCCCUUUACACGAUCGACGCCCGAGAGAAGCCGGUGACCAAAGCGCAACACUCGUCGGACUCAGGCGUAUUCGGCCCCCGCGCGUACUUCCGGACCGCGUUUCCCAGCCCCGCGGUUCUCGUCAUCGAGGACAUCAAGAGGCACGACGCGGCCACCUACAGGUGCAGGGUCGACUUCAGGAAGGGCCAGACGCGCAGCUUUCGAUACAACCUCACGGUUAUAGUGCCGCCAGAACAGCCGACCAUUCUGGAUCAAUGGGGCAGGAUAGUGAACGGGACAGCAGGACCUUACGAAGAAGGCGACACCCCCUCACUGACGUGCCGCGUGACCGGUGGCAAGCCGGAGCCUAUGGUCCGGUGGCUCGUCAACGGCCAGGUCAAAGACGAGGAAUACGAAAAGAACGCUGGCGACGUCAUAGAAAACAGGUUAACUCUGCAGUCAGUGGGUCGUUCGGAUCUAGGCUUGAAUUUCACUUGCCAGGCGCAAAACACGGACCUGAUCGAACCAAAGGAGUCCUCGAUCUCCCUGGACCUUAACCUGAAACCCCUAACGGUGAUCAUAAGGAGGCCAGGGAAGAAGGGAGUAGGCGACGAGUCGCUGCUCGCUGGAAAACGAUACGAGGUGGAAUGCGAGACCACGGGCUCUAGGCCUCCAGCUGUGAUCACCUGGUACAAAGGAAGGAGAAGACAGCUGAAGCACACCACGGAGGAGAGAUCGGAGAACCGAACGAUGAGCAUGGUGGAGUUCGAGCCCGGCGUGGAGGACCACGGGAAAUCGAUCACCUGCAGAGCCGAAAAUCCAAACGUUACGGGACUGUUCGUGGAGAAAUCCUGGAAAAUCGACGUCGUCUAUCCUCCGAUCGUGUCGCUGAACCUUGGAUCUACUUUGAGCCCCGAGGACAUCAAGGAAGGCGACGACGUUUAUUUCGAGUGUCACAUCAGGGCCAAUCCACCCUGGUCGAAGCUGACGUGGAUACAUGACAACCAGAUACUGGCGCACAACACGUCUGCGAGGAUAAUCUGGUCGAAUCAGAGUCUGGUGCUCCAGAGCGUGACGAGGAGCAGCGCCGGGAAGUACGUGUGCGCAGCGACGAAUGACCUGAACGAAACGCGGAGCGAGCCACUUCAUUUUCGCGUGAAAUUCGCACCGGUGUGCAAGGAGGACCGGAUCAUCGUGGUCGGCGCUUCUAAGGACGAAUCGCUGGACAUCGCCUGCAGAGUGGAAGCCGAUCCGCCGGCGCACAAUUUCCGAUGGAAAUUCAACAACAGCGGUGGGGAGACGCAGGAUGUACCGCCUGGGAAAUUUUCGGUGGAGAAGUCGAGCGGCGUGAGCGUGCUGAGGUACACGCCGAACAAAGAGCUGGAUUACGGCACAGUGUCGUGCUGGGCGGACAAUUUCGUCGGUACACAGGCGAGACCGUGUCUCUUCCAGCUGGUACCCGCCGGAAAGCCAUUUCCGGUACGUAACUGCACGCUCGCGAACCAGACUUACACCAGCGUCGAGGUAAAAUGCGUGGCUGGCUACGACGGCGGGCUUCCGCAAAAAUUCAUCCUGGAGGUGUACCACGGGGACGUGGACUUCCUGUCGAGCAGCCAGCCGCUCUACAACGUUUCGAACACCGACGAGCCGAGUUUCUCCCUGGCGGGGCUGGAGGCGUCGGUGGAGGCGGGCGUCCACGUAGCGGUUUACGCCAUGAACGCCAAGGGUCGGAGUCAGCCAGUCAUCCUCAGCGAGGUCACUUACCGCGACGCUGAGAAACGAACAGGUCAAGACGCUGGCAUAGUGCUCUCGCCACUGAUAGGAGUGGUAGUUGGAGCCCUGGUCACGCUGGUGCUGAUCAUCCUGGUGGUGGUGGUUCGAGUACGGAGGGAGAGGGUAUCGAAACCCCGACACGAAAAACCUGCGGAGCUCAGUGAAUUACCAGCCCAGCAGUAUCCCCUGCAGAACCCCCAGCAGACCGUGGAAACCGAUCCUGACGUUAUUCCGAAUAAAUUCGAGGGUAGCCUGGUGGAGGUGAGCCCGCCGAGUUAUCCAGGCGGAUAUCCCCCGGGACACUGGGUCACGCCAGGGCCCACCCCGAGCAUAGACGAGCUCUGCCACAAAUUCACCGGAAGACCGACGGAGCUGAGGUUACCAUCGAGGAGCACGAUACCGAGUUUGCAGAGCAUGCCCAUGACGGGGUCCAUGACAGCUGCGGGACCUGGCGGCGUGGUGCUGGGCGGCAGCCAGGGGGUCAUCGUCGGCGGCGGCCAGGGGGUCGUCGUCGCGGGGGAGUGCUUGGACGGCGAGGCGAUCAAGCGACGGCUAAUGGCGAACAGGCUUCCCGAGAGCUGCGUGUAAACCUCGUAGCAUGGUUCGCUGCCAAAAGCGAGCAGACCCCUUCGAACAGUCAAUAGCGAGGACGAACGAUGAGAGUCAUUUGCGGCGAGUCGACGCCUCCACGACGAGACGCGGUCGAACGUCGAAUGGAACGACUCGCAGACAAUCCACUGUAUCGUCGCGAACGGGACGGGAACGUCUCGAUGGAACGGGCACGUCCAAGCGCAAGGAUACGGCUACUGUGGGAGCUUGUGAUCCACGUGCUCGAGGUAGAAAUACAGAGACUCCAGUUAUUGUGAGAGUCCGUGAUCCAGGUGCUCGAAGGUAGAAAUAUAGAGACAUCAGGGAAACAAGAGGGUACCGAGAGGAUAGCCAAUAUACAGUCAGUUUCAUAAGUAUUCGUACCCUCUAUAUUUAUUGAAAAAAUUUGAAUCCUUCGUGUUUCCAAAUAAAUUCGUAAUUGUAAAUAUAUACAUGUGAGAAGUUUAUUCAUGUACAUAUUUAUAAUGGAAAAUUGAUUUGGAAGCAUGAAGCCCAUCAUUUAAAUUAGACAAAUUUCUUCAAUAUAUAUAGGGGUACGAAUAUUUGUGGGCUUCCAAACAAAUUUCUCAUUAUAAAUACAUACAAGUGUAAAGUUUAUUUAUGUACAUAUUUAUAAUGAAAUAUUUAUUUGAGAAUGUAAAACCUGUCAUUUAAUUUGGACUAGACGCUAGGUCUUUGAAGCUCUGGAUGUUUCCCUUCUCAAGCCUCUUGAACCCCAUCGCUACGUUUCUAGCAUCGAGCAUACCCUCUCAAUGAUAGAAUACCUUAUCGCGAGUCUUGGCCAUGCCCGUAACGGACGGUCAACGACAAGGAGUCGUCCUGCGAGCACGAGGGUCGCGACGAGCGUCGUUGUUCCGACGCGGGAACGAAUACGCGUUAGAUUUGUCGAGGAAAGUUUCUAGCCGGGGAACCAGCGCCCGCCAAAAUUGUUUUCAAAACGUUUCCUCGACAGUCAGGGCAGAGUUCUUUCCUCCGAGAGAAUGAAAGCAAACCACGAACAGAGGAAGGAAGAAGAAUCGGCUGGGAUAAGAGUUAGGUGGAAAGUUGCCUGCUCUCGAGUUCUCCACCUGGGGAGGACGCCCCGAAGUUGCGUCCUCUGUCUUCGACGUAACUUUCUUCUUCUCGAGCGACUCGGCGCCCAAUGAUCUUCGACAGUGUCUACUCGCAUAUUUCUUCUGGGUGCGUGAUUCAUGUUCGCCCGUAACGCGUGGGAACAGUGAGAGAAACGAACGAAUGGGAGGGUAGUUUCAAUGUACAGAGUGUGGUGCAUUGCUUUGAAGAAUGGUUCUGAAGGAUGAAAUGAGACGAAAAUUAACCCUUUGCACUCCUAUAUAGAGUGAGACUCGACAUCAGUUUUUAUCUCAGGAGCAAAUCAAUAAGAAAGGAAAUCGUUUCAAGACAUAUCGUACACUUGAAAAUUACAAAAUACUUCUAAUUCUUCGUAACUUCAAAGCUAAGCAUCUACCCCGAUUUCGCCACUCUAGAGUUUCGUUACGUGACAGAUCUAGAAUUCUUUUUUUUUUUUUUUGGACACCCCGAGGACGAUUGCGCUUUUCGAAGUUGAAUUGGACUUCGAGAACGCUCGAAGAGAAGAUUCUGCCUUUCGUCGAUUCGCUGAUCAACGAAUUGGAACGGACGUAAAUAAACCCGCGUCUGAGCCUACCAAUCGAAUCCUUCAGACGUCGAGGCAUUAGGCCGAGAAACGCGAGAAAAGAUAAAAGGUUCCCGAACGACUCCUCAUCCGGUUGCUGGAAUGAAGACGGAUGGAGGAACCGCUGGAAAAUAUACGACGGGAGGCCAAUGGCGGGGAAUAUUGGGAAAGAAAGAGGAAGGCGGGGAAAAUGAAAGAAGCAGGGAGAAUGAAACGAUAACGCGAUGCUACUUUGCAGAGUUGCUCGGGGGCGCGUGAAACGCGGUUUCGGGGUGCCUGUCGAUCGGCCUCGAUUACCAACGAAAUAUUCGCGACUGCAAUUUUCACGGGAACCGCGAGUUUCUAAAGAGUUCGCUACGUUAUCGAUCCCUUACGGUUGUUACGUCCCAACCUGUGCGCCCGUUGUUCGCGGGUACGACGCAAUUUUGGCGUUAUUCGGAUCCAGGGGACGAGAUCUAGGCGAAAACGAACCAUUGAGAAAAUUACGACGCAAGCAAGAAUCGACAAUAAACGGUGUAUGCACGAGAAUAGUGAUCUGAGGUAGUAAUUCGCACACUAUUUCGUGCGUGCAAGACGGGUGCGGGCGAAAUCUUUGAGUAAACGUUUCUAGAGAUCGAAAAUUUGGGGGAAAUUAGGAACCCUAUUUUUUAUUCGAUUAUUUUUCUUUUCCUUUUUGUACUUAGAUGAUGCCAAUCUCUGGUGCAAGUUGUCGUUUGCAUCGACGAGAAUCGAGUGAAAUUUCAAGGGAAUAAGGUAUUGGGUUGUCCAGAAUGUUGGUGCCAAUUUUUAAGAAAAAUACAAAGGCAUAUUUGAAUUUUGAUAUAUCCCAUAAUAUUCGUACCCUCUGUGUUUAUUGAAGGAAUUUGUCUAAAUUAAAUGACAGGUUUCGUGUUUCCAAGUAAAUUUUUUAUUAUAUAUAUAUAUACAAGUAUAAAUCCAUCUACAUAUAAACAUUGAAAUAUUUAUUUGAAAACAUCGAACCUAUUAUUUAAUUUAAGCAAACUUUUUUAAUAGACAUAGAGAAUACGAAUAUUUAUGAGACUGACUGUAAGUGCCAUUUUGUUCCAUAACCUUUCCACCAUUUAAGGGAUGAACUCGUGUUAUUUGUUUUCAACUAUUCCGUAUAUUCAGACCUGUACCACCUACCAAAAAUGGACAUGAACUUUCCAGACAACCCAAUAUCAAAUAAAUCGUG